AAGACGCCGUCGCCAUCGACGCCGACGGCAUAGAUUUGCUACGACGGCACAUCACAGACAUGCCCCCCAAUAAUUGCCACGCUCAAAGAUGCGCAUAAAAAAAGUACACGACUACAGACCAGACUCACCUCUCUCACUGUGGCUUCUACGACUAGCUAAGCUUAAAGCAUCGCCGCAAUGAAUCCGAUGACUCGUGCACCAAACAGGGUGAUGCCGACGCCUCUUUAAUUGGGCGUAGCUAUCCCACAGGCUGUCACAUGCCAAUGCAACUACUGCUUCGUCUGCAACUACUCCUGGUGAUGCUCUUUUUUUAAUUUGAGGGAAAACGAUCCUGGUGGUGUUUAGCUGCAAGGUCGUAGCAAAUGCAUGGGCCUCCAUCGACCAUGACCAUCGACACAGGUCGGGCAACCAACCGCACUGUCCAUUGGAUCCGGCCGCUGGCUAGAGCGUCCAAAACCCUACGCUUACUCUAUCAUGCAGGGCUCACAUGGCAACGUGUGACGAGGAAACUUUGCACCAUCGAUUUUUUUUUCUUGCGCGCGAAACUGGUAGGGAUCCGUCAAGUAUAGUACUCCAUAGGUUCGCGAUCGCGCAGGUCCUGACAAACUGGGAUGUCGACUUUAUCUUGCAUUGUUACUCGCAUCUGCUGUAAAGUUGCUUGGUACUGUAGUAACAACUGCAGUGAGCCGAAUCUGUGUCUGAGAGGGAGGGAGAAGAGAGUCGUCUAUCCUACAGAUCUGAGACGCCUAUUUAGUCAAUCCGAGCUUGUAAUAACUCCGCGCAUUCUCCUCCGCCUUGUGGUCUCCAUGCCACAACCACCACCACUACCAUUGCCUCCUAAAACGAGCAGUGCCUGAAGUGCAACGCCACUCAACGCAGCAGCCAUGGAAGGUGGCCACGCGCUGCGCGCCGCCGGCGACGUCUUCUUCUUCUUCCGCGCGCCUGGCGACCAGCUCUCCAUCUCCCCCGUGAUCGCCGCCGUCGUCGAGUGGUGGCUCCGGGCGUGGGGGCAUGUCAGGGCCGAGCUCCUCGUGCCGCUGCUCAGGGCCGCGGUGGCGCUGUGCAUGAUCAUGUCGGUGAUCGUGCUGGCCGAGAAGGUGUUCCUGGGGACGGUCAGCUCCGUGAUGAAGCUGCUGCGCCGGCGGCCGUGGCGGAUGUACAGGUGCGACCCCAUCGCGCGCACCGACGAGGAGGACGCCGGCUCCGAGGCCUACCCCAUGGUGCUCGUCCAGAUCCCCAUGUACAACGAGAAGGAGGUGUACCAGCUAUCAAUAGGGGCAGCUUGUAGGCUCACAUGGCCGGUGGAUCGAUUAAUAGUGCAGGUCUUAGACGACUCCACCGACGCCGUCAUCAAGGAGCUGGUGAAGAGCGAGUGCGAGCGGUGGGCGGCGGAGGGGAUCAACAUCAGGUACGAGACGCGCAAGGACAGGGCCGGGUACAAGGCCGGGAACCUCAAGGAGGGGAUGCGCCACGCCUACGUCCGGGGCUGCGAGUUCGUCGCCAUGUUCGACGCCGACUUCCAGCCGGCGCCGGACUUCCUCGCCAAGACCGUCCCGUUCCUCCUCCACAACCCCAGCCUCGCGCUCGUGCAGACGCGCUGGAAGUUCGUGAAUGCCAACGACUGCUUUCUGACGAGAAUGCAAGAGAUGUCCAUGGACUACCACUUCAAGGUGGAGCAGGAAGCUGGCUCUUCCCUCUGCAACUUCUUUGGCUACAACGGAACCGCUGGAGUGUGGAGGACACAGGCGAUUGUCGAGUCCGGUGGUUGGGAGGACCGAACCACUGCUGAGGACAUGGACUUGGCCCUGCGAGCAGGCCUCUUGGGCUGGGAAUUCGUUUACGUUGGCAGCAUAAAGGUUAAGAGUGAGCUGCCGAGCACUCUGAAGGCAUACCGGUCCCAGCAGCAUCGCUGGUCAUGCGGCCCUGCGCUGCUGUUCAAGAAAAUGUUCCGGGAAAUUAUUGCAGCCAAGAAAGUGUCGGUUUGGAAGAAGUUGUACAUGAUCUAUGACUUUUUCAUUGCCCGGAGAAUUGUCGGCACAUUCUUCACCCUCUUCUUUUUCAGCAUUCUGAUUCCAAUGAUCAUUCUAUUCCCGGAAGCGCAGAUCCCUGUGUGGGCGCUGAUCUGUAUCCCCACAGCUAUCACUCUCCUUAAUUCUGUUGGGACUCCAAGGUCUAUCCAUCUGAUAAUACUGUGGGUCUUAUUUGAGAAUGUAAUGGCAUUGCAUCGAUUUAAAGCCAUUUUGAUAGGACUUUUCGAAGCUGACAGGGCAAAUGAAUGGAUUGUCACACAAAAGCUGGGGAAUCUGCAGAAGCUAAAGUCCAUUGCCAGUGUUCCAGGGAACAGUCGUUUCAAAGACAGGUUCCACUGUCUUGAGAUAUUUUUUGGCCUGUUCCUUCUGGUGUCUGCGUGCUUUGACUACAUAUACAGGGAUGACUAUUUUUACCUCUUCGUUCUUCCUCAAUCCAUCAUGUAUUUUGCGAUUGGUUUUCAGUUCAUCGGUCUCAGUGUAUCCGAAGACUGACCAAUUGCAAGACGAAAUCGAAAAAAAUGGUUGCAGAUGUUAAGGGUUAAAAAUGGAGGCCUCAAGGUUUACAGAUCUGGAAGGACAGCUCGGCAGCUCCUGUGCUGUGCAAUCAAGUAGUCAAGACUGUCAAGUAGAGGUGUUAUAUAGUUCAAGAUAGGAUAAGCACGUGGGAGGUCGAGAAGAAUUAUACGAUGAUUAAGAGACUAAUGUGCCGUCUAUUAAUCCCAUUGGUGCAACAAAAUGCAUCUAAAACCUAUUGAUGCAUCUGAAACACAACCGAUGUAUUUAGAGAAGAGUUGUGUUCACAUGAUCACAUCUUGGUGGCACUCUGAAGUGCAGUUAUGACUUUAAUGGCGGAAAAAUCAAGAUUUUAAGUCCUGAUUACAGGACAUGAUUCGGCAUCUUUUUUCUUA